AUGGCCUGGUCUGAGUCUGUGGAUACAGUACUAUCUAAUAAAGAGGGCCUAGUGGCUUUUCGGACAUUUUUGAAGUCCGAGUUCAGUGAGGAGAAUGUGGAAUUCUGGCUGGCCUGUGAGGACUUCAAGAAAACCAAAUCCUCCACCGAGAUUGCCUUGAAAGCCCAGAAGAUUUAUUCUGACUUUAUACAAGCUGAUGCUCCAAAGGAGAUUAAUAUUGACUUCCACACCAAAAAUGACAUCUCCCAGAACAUCUCUGAGCCCACCCUCAGCUGCUUUGAUGCUGCUCAGAGCUCAAUCUACUGUCUCAUGGCAAAGGACUCUUUUCCCAGGUUUCUAAGGUCAGAAGUGUACAAGGAACUGGUGAAGAAGCACCAGGACAGAAAUCAGAAGAGAUGGCUCCCAUUUCUGUGAGGAAAAACACUGAGGCAUUAGGAAUUGAUAAUGUCUCCUAUUGCAAUUCAGUACAGAUAAUUAUUCAUUAUUAAAGUGAUUGCAGAAACCGCUUUCAAAGUCACCUGUGCCAGCUUGUUUUUAAGUACAAAUUGUAUGCAAUUCUUUCUAAUAACAGUAGAGAAAUAUUCAAGAAGCAGGAUGGAAUAUGCUAGACACUUGAGCUAUCUUCCUAACAAGAAAGUUUACCAUUGUUGUUUUUUUUUCAGUGUAUGUUUCAGUUUUCAAAGAGAUUUGGGAUUUUUAAGCAUAAUGUUUUGGUUUUCUUGUUUGUUGUUGAUUCCUGUUUAGAAGUACAGCCUCCAGAAUAAAUCCAUUUCAGGAGA